AGGCAGGCAGGCAGGAGGCAGGCAGGCAGCGAGUAAGCUGGAAAGCACAGGGUACCGCGAACGAAUCGCGCGUCCUCGUCGUUCAGUCGGGUAGGCGCGUUUCUGCGGCGUCGGUCUUCCGAGGGUAGCGUUCGCUGGUGUUGUCUUUUGGUUUAUCGUUUGUUCCUUCGAGUGCAGUGUGUAACGGGUGUUUUGUUCACCGUGUGACGCGAAGAAACGCAGAGAGGGAGGAGGGGGAAAAGGAAACUAAGGAUCAUGAGAACCAUGUGCACCCGUAGUGAUGUACUUUAGCGAUCGUUGAAAGUUUUCAACGAUCAAGGAAAGGAAUUCGUAUUGGUGAUAAACGUACGAGAUAGACAAGACGAAAAAGGAGCGACAGCGUGGUUGCUCCGGCCGGGACAUCCAGCCAGGAAGCCAAGGGAAAGGACCAACGAGAGAGGAAAAGGGAAACAUGUCGCGACAGCAUGCUAGCAGGCACGUUAUACGGGCCUGGGCGAGGCCUCCGCAUCUUUUGCUGUCGUUCCUGCUUCUUUAUGGAGCUCUCGCCGACGCAACGAGAUUGAGGCAUUCCAGACACUUGGACGCGAGAUCGCAGUUUCCUAACGAAGAGGAAUUUCAGAUGCAACUGAACGAAAACCACAAUCACAAACCAGUGUUUUCGAAUUGCUCGAAUUACGCACCAGUAGUGAAAGAGGAGGAGCCAGUGGGCACGGUGGUGAUUAAAGUGCACGCAGAGGACAGAGACCAUCCAGACGAUGGAGGCACCAUCACUUAUAGUUUCGUGACAGCUCCCGGCGAGAAACUAAAAUUCGAGAUCAACAACAGGACCGGGUUGAUCCGGACGACGCAGGUGCUGGACAGGGACGAACCGGCUCGAGAAAAGGAAGCCUACCUGACCGUCCUCGCGACCGACAACGGAAGGCCGCAACUAGACGACGUGUGCACGUUCAAAGUGACCAUCGAGGAUGUGAACGACAAUGGGCCCGUUUUUGACAAAGUGGCGUAUACCGAGUCGGUGCCGCAAGAUUUGCCCCUGGGACGAGAAGUGAUGAGGGUAUCCGCCACGGACAUCGACGAUGGCAACAACUCGGUGGUCUACUACAGCUUGUUGUCUAGAAAGCCCGAAGACGCGGUGUACUUUCGAAUCGAUCGCAACACGGGUGUGAUAUUUCUCAAUAAAACCAUCGAUAGGAAUCCGGAUUACAAGUUCAGCAUGACCGCCACAGCUAAGGAUCAGGGCGACGUUCCAAAAUCGAACACGAUCGAUCUGGAUAUUCGAGUGGUGGAGUCUCACAAGAAGGCUCCGGCUUUCUUGCCAAGACCUGCCGAGCCGAUUCGAUUGCAGGAAAAUUUCAGCGACUUCGACGCGAGUAUCAUCCGGCUAAAGGCCGUCUCGAACAGCGGAGACAACAGCGGUCUCUUGUUCGAGCUGGUUCCUGGUAGAACAGAGCAAACCAACAAAGGAAAUACGUUCAGAUUGGAGUCAAACAAGGAUGCCGCCGACAUCAAGCUCUCUCAGCAUCUUGACUACGAGAGCAACACGGUUUACACGCUGAUCGUGCGCGUGCAGAACAAGUAUCAGCUGGCUGCCGAGACCGUGAUCGAUAUCGAGGUGUUGGAUGUCAACGACAACAUUCCAGUGUUUCGAGAUCUGAAGAAAGGUAGAGUGCUCGAGAACGAGCCACCAGGCGUCCCGGUAAUGCAAGUGCGUGCGAUCGACGCCGAUGGAACCUCCGCCCAUAACCAGGUCACGUACGAAUUGGAUAACUUCCGGGAUCUUUUCGCUAUCGAUAAGUAUACCGGUAACAUCACCACUCUGACCACGUUCGAUAGAGAGACCGAAGACACGUACAACGUGAAGGUGAUCGCCAUGGACAAUUCUCCCAGUGCGCUGUUCAAGACGGGGGAGCACAACAAAGGUCAGCAAGUGUUUCGCAUCGAGAUCGCGGAUAAGAACGACAACGCUCCCCAUUUCACGCAAGCUGUUUAUACCGCGAAUUCGAUCCUGGAAAAUGCCAAUAUCAACGCGCCGGUCACCGAAGUGAAGGCCAAUGAUUUGGACACUGCCAGUCCGGUUACCUACAGCAUUAUAUUUGGCAAUACCGACGACAGCUUUUAUAUCGAAAACACAACUGGAAAGAUCCGCGUGAAGAAGCCGUUGGAUUACGAGAAGAUCACGGAAUACAAUUUGACUGUGAGAGCUUUCGACGGCGUGUAUAACGAUACCGCUCAAGUGAAGAUUUUUAUCGAAAACGUAAAUGACAAUCCGCCGGUCUUCGAGGACUUUAAUAAGAAUCCUACUAUCGAGGAAGAGAAGCUGGUGGAAGGUUGUAUCACCACUGUGGUCGCUUACGAUCCCGACAUCAAGGACAGGAACGCUGAUCAGCAUAUCGCGUACUUUAUCGUAAAAGAAGACCAACAACCUCUCAUAGGUAUCGACAAAUCUGGUUGCAUGACCUUGAAGAAACCUCUCGAUCGCGAUGGCCCCUUGGGAUACUCCAUGUGGACGGUGAUCGUUAUGGCGCGAGACGAAGACGGCUCCCCGACCGCGCUACGAGAACUCGUAAUGGUGAACAUCACGUUGAUCGAUAUAAAUGACAACGCGCCAUUCCUCGACAUGCCCUAUCCCGUAGUAUGGGGUGAGAACAGGGCUCCUGAUAAGAUCACGGAAUUGAAGGCUCGCGACUGGGACUCGGACGAAAACGGACCUCCUUUCCAAUUCGAAAUAGACAAAAAUACCGCUGACGACGAGAUUCUAGCCAAAUUUGCUAUUCGAGACGCCGAGUUGUUUGCUCGUGUCGAGUUCGAUCGAGAAGAACGAAAGAGUUACGACAUUGCGAUCGCUAUCACGGAUAGCGGAAAGCCACCCAUGACGGGAACAUCGACGUUGACCGUAAUCAUCGGUGACGAGAACGACAAUGCUAUGUCAGAAGGUUCCAGCUCUAUAUUUGUCUACAAUUAUAAAGGCGAGGCUCCAGAAACAAAUAUCGGACGAGUGUAUGUAAACGACGCUGACGAUUGGGACUUGCCAGACAAGCAUUUUGCCUGGGCAUCGACCCACGAAGGAUUUACUUUAAAUCCGAAGGACGGUAUGAUCACGCUGCUUCCAGGAAUCUCGAACGAUACGUUCGUCCUCAAGUUCAUAGUCACCGAAUACAGCAUUCGCAUUCCGCGACAUCAGGUGAACGCGUACGUGAACGUCACGGUGAAAGAGCUGCCCGAGGAAGCGGUCGCUAGGUCCGGAUCCGUGCGGUUCUUCGGAAUGACAGCCACAGAGUUCGUCGCUCCUGGCGAAUCUGGCGUUAGUAAGAAGGAAAUAUUUCAGGAGAGAAUAGCGAAUAUGCUUAAUACUUCGGUGGAGAACGUGGACGUGUUCACGGUGCUUCAUUCGCCGCAUCAUAACAACAAUAGUUUGUUGGAUGUACGGUUCUCGGCGCAUGGCAGUCCUUAUUACGCCCCUGAGAAACUGAAUACGAUCCUGGCGCAACACACGGAGGAGAUCGAACGAGAGCUAAAGACAGAUAUCUUGCUGGUGAAUAUCGACGAGUGCCUCAUCGAAAAACAGCAUUGUAACAAUACUUGUCGUAAUUAUCUGAAUGCAAGCACGGUCCCGUAUCCGGUUUAUACGAAUAUCAGUACGUUCGUUGGAGUGCGAGCUGUGGUAGAUCCACAGUGUACUUGUCAUGUUGCUGAACCGAUCGUUUGUCUGAAUGGAGGCACACCGUUGGCAGAUCGAUGCGAGUGUCCUCCGGGUCUCGAGGGGCCAAGGUGCGAGCUUCUUGGCAUUGGUUUUCAUGGCAACGGUUGGGCUAUAAUGCCGCCACCUGGUCAAGCUUGCGACGAUUCUCAUUUGGGUCUCGAGAUAACGCCUCACAUAGACAACGGUCUGGUAUUUUACUUUGGUCCGAUGACGUAUAGUUCAAAGAUCAGAAUUCAAGACUUCAUGGCCCUGGAACUUCAACAGGGAUACGCGGUUCUCUACAUGGACUACGGGUCUGGCACUGUGAAACUCGAUCAACCGCACAUUAAGCUCACUGACGGAGAAAGACAUAGGAUAGACGUUUACUUUACGAAGAACGCGAUAGAAAUGAAAGUGGACAACUGUGGAAUCUCCGCGUGUAUGAGCUUAACCGCGCCGCAAGGACCGAACGGAUUUUUGAACGUGAACAGCCCCUUGCAGAUAGGUGGAACUCUGACUAAUCUCGCGAAGAUGGCUUCGCAACUAGGAUGGGAUUAUGUACCUACCGACAGAGGAUUCGUCGGAUGCAUACGCAACAUGACCUUCAAUGGAAAUACGUACAACUUGGGUAUGCCGUCGCUAUCUAGAAACGCGGAUCCUGGCUGCGAUCACGGAAUGGCAAAAGCCGUGUCCUUCGGGAUCGACACCAAUUUCAUUGUCGCGAUCUUAGUUUGUUUCGCGAUAUUGUUGAUACUGUUGUUCGCGGUGGUGGUGCACAGGAAGAAGACCGACGAUCUAUAUAAGGAUAUGGACGACAUCAGAGAGAACAUUAUUAAUUACGAGGACGAAGGAGGCGGCGAAGUCGAUACGGGCUACGAUUUGAACGUUCUUCGAACGAUUUACGACGCGCCGCCUAUCGAUUCGAAAAUUGCGCCCGUUGGCUUGCAAUCCAGAGGUCCCGACGAGGUGCCGGAUAUUUGCGGUUUCCUAGACGGCAAGAAAGAGAGCUGCGACAAGGAUCCUGACACGAAUCCGUUCGACGAUGUCAGGCACUAUGCGUACGAAGGAGAAGGCAAUUCCGAGGGUUCUUUAUCAUCCUUGGCUUCAUGUACCGACGACGGAGAUCUCAAGUUCAACUACUUGUCGAACUUUGGCCCGAGGUUCCGCAAAUUAGCCGACAUGUACGGAGAAGAACCCAGCGACGAAGAGAGCGACGGAGUCGGAGAACGGGAAAGCGAGAGUUGGUGUUGAGUCUCGCGCGACCUUUCGACUUUCGACUCGAAGAGUUCGCGACAAUUAACUCGGUAACUUCCGAUCUCCUCGACGAAGCAACGAUUCCUCUUCGCUUCGUCGCCUCGUGUACUUAACUCGAACUCGAGGAUACCUGUUGUACUUUUGUACCGAGGACACAGUGCCGAAUCACGGCAUCGGUAGCCACAUAUCGUUUCGACAGAGCGUAAUCGAAGCGUAGUAUUUUCCUUUCUCUAUUAUUUUCUGUUCAUUUUAUCUAUUUUUACGUCUUUCCUUUUACCCGAGCAAACUGCUCUCGCAACCAAUAGAGAAUAACAUUCGGUUAGAAUUGAAUUUUCAAAGGAAACAAAGGACAGCUCGUAAUGCUCUCCGAGUGACGAUGUAACACGCGAUCUUUAAGAAUAGACGACAUAGCGGCGGAAGACUAAGAGACCACGAAAAAGCAAAGAUAGUAUUCUAUUUCCUAUUGACAAGAGAAUAUAAAACGAAGAAAUAAAAAAAGACAGGUAACAGUGAAUUAAAAAAAAAAGAAAAAAAGAAAUCGACGCAUCAGCCGAGAAUGACUUGCUAUGACGACUGUAACUCGGCUGUCUAGCAUCACACGACAAUGGACACGCGCAUAUUCGCUCGUUAAUAUGCGUUAAUUUGGCGCGUGCAUUCCACCAGUAACGAACGGAACGAUGAUUUAUAGCGUGAAGAGAUCGCGAGAAUCUGACUUCGAACGAAGAUGCAAAGAACACGGUGAAUUCUUUUGGCAAUCAUUCGAGUUACGAGGACUGGACUUAUUUUUUUAUACGUACAUUAUAGAAACGAAUAAAUACGUAUGUAUGCAUGUACAUGCCUGCGAGGACAUCGUGGGCAACGAGUAUAUAGAAUGCAGAGAGGAAACGAGACGAAUGAAUGAUGGCAGCGUAGCGAUAGGCGAAACCCGAGACACGAUAGGGAAAAAUAAAGAUGGAACAAAUGGCAGCGGGAGAGCGUUACCGCUCCUCUAUAUUUAACUUAUAGACUAUUUUAUUAAACGAUUAUGUGCGCGAGUGCGUUUAGAAACUGUGUAGCAGGUGUGCGAAACUUUACAUAUGCGAAUACACGAAUAGAUAUAAACCUAAACACCGAAUCUAUGCUGUACACAGAUGCGUGUGUGCAUGAGUGUGCAUGCGCGCGCGUCUAGGCCAAUGCGAUUGGAAAUGGAAUAUGUCACGCGUGCGAAUCGGUGAGAAGGGAUCCGAGUGCCAUAUCGUGUGCCCGAAAUCUGAAUCUAAAAUCGAUCCACCGAAUUGUGCACGAAUACACGAAUGUAUGGUCGCAACGUUUACCAGCGACGAACAGUUCCAACGCGACUGUUUGCCUUUUCUUUUCCGCCGAUCGGCGAUAAUCGUUUAUCUCGACAUCCAUUUUAUUCCAUUCGCGAAGACGCACGCGCGCGUGUGCCUGCGAAUAUUUCCAAGUAUAUGUAUAUAGAUAUAUAUAUAUAUAUAUUAUGUAUGUAUGUAUAUCCGUGUACCUAUGUAGGCGUUCGCGCACGUACGUACACGUAUAUAUGUGAUAAUAAUUUGUAAGCUUUUUGUACGAUACAUCAACGGCGAUAUGCAUAUGUAUAAUAAUAAUAGUAACGAUAACGAUAGUCGUAAUAAGAACAACAGCAUCAGUAAUAAAAGUACGCAAAUGUAUAUCGAUGGCGAUUCAGGUGGACUUUUAACCCUUUGCGGUCGUAUCGAGCUUAGAUUUGGUUGCUGGAAUUCAUUUUCGUUGAACUCUAAUAAUUAGAUCGCGGAUUUGUAUCUGUUUCUAGAAGAUUCGAAGAUAGAAAAGUGCGUAGGAAACAUAUAAAAUAUCCAAAGUAGAGUACUUGUUAUAACGUUUAACAUGCGAACCGAAUUUCUGUAUCUACGUCCUACUACGCUAUUAACCGUGUUCAUAAAAAUCUGAAUUUGUAUAAAUAUUUGCCAUCUACUGAUUACGUAAUUAAGGGAGAUGUUAAAAAGAUCAAACUGAUAUUCGUUGCUGCUACUUUACAUCUACGGCUUUCCUUUUGCCAAUUUAGAGCGUUGCUUAUGAAAUAUUUUAAGAAAUGGAAAUGUCUACCUGCACUAACUUGUAAGUCUUAUUAACUCAUCGAGGACCAAAGUUGCGUCAGCGCGAUAUUUCAUUUACAAUUUCUUUUUAACCAAUUUACACCGUGGAAUUCUAUUGAAUCCACGUUAGAACUACGAAAGGGAAUAUCGAAGAUCUACCGAAUAUCAGAAUUUCUUUUCCCAUAUAAAAAUUGUACGAAACACGGAGAAACUCGAUCUAUUUUGUAUCGCCAUAAACUGUUCCUUCUUCAAAUUAUAAAAUUCUUCUUGUACCUUCGAUUUAUGUCACGGCCUUCCGUAACGUAUUUAUUAUUCUAAUACAUUUUUUAACCUGCUAAAACAACAACUCGUGUCUAAAUUUUCUAAUAAUAUUGCGUUUCACUUGAUCGUUCGUCGGAUGCCACGCAACCUCGAAGAGCGUCGUAUUCGGUAUGACAUACGAUCAAACUGAUUCUUUGCCUCGGUAGCCGAGAGUAUACGUACGAUCGAAGUACCAAGAGCGUUCUGAUGGCAGAGAGAAAUCGUACGACCGCAAAGGAUUAGCAAACUCCGUUUGGGUGAACUUACCUACUGAAUCGACUUCAAAGCGCCGUCGAAAGAUUUAACGUGUAAUUUAUACGAUAAGAAACGAAUGCGGUUUAGGGGAGAGCGCGUGAUCUCAGAUGCGUACAAGAGUAGUUGGUUCGUACGCAUCGAUAUCCAAGAAUGAACGUUUUCUUUCUUAUUUAGAUGACGUCUGUCACCGAAUAAUUACGAUUGCACGGGCACGAGUAUCGAGAUACGUUAUCGGAAUAAUAAGAUAUGUGUUAGUAAAUCACCUGUCGUAUCAUACAGGUGGGCGUCUUUUUAACGAUACACUCCGUCGCAGUACAAAGAACGUCUCCGUCGGCAGCGGCGAAUAAGAAACGUGAAACGAUCGCCACUCAUCGGCAGAGUUCGGCUCGAUUUUGCCGCGUCACAUUUAUUUAUCGCGCACUGACUAAGCUACGAGCGGACUAGUUCGCGAUACGCUACUUAUGCUAUAUACUCGAACACUGCCCUUAUGUACAAUUAAAGAGAAGAGAAAAGAAUAAAAAGAGAAACGACGCGACGGUUCUGUUCCACGACCAUGCAUCUAGCUGGUCAAGGUGUGAGAGCGGUGACACCUAAAGCUCCGUUCAGAUUAGUCGAUUACAUAUUUGAAUUGGAGCUGUUUUGCAGGUGUUUCGAAGAAUCCUGAUUUUAAGAUAGAUAAUGAAAAGUAAACUGCAAGUAGUUACGUAUGUCUGUAAAAUGUUCAUCGACGAAUAUCACGCAUAGCAAGUACGACUAAGAAUAUUAAGUUGAAAGAAAGGUGAAGUUGCUUUAGGACACGAAUAUCGGUAAAUACGCGAAGCUGCGAAUAACGCGAUACAUAUCGCGAUAUCUAUACCGUUCCAUUUCGAACUUGCCUCUGUUCCAAAUCCAACAGUGGAUUUUUCCACCUUGCGCCUUUUCAUUUUGAGUAAUUCCAUCUGGAAUGUUAACGAAUUUAAAUAAAAGUCUCGAAGGAGAAGCGACGACGAUUGCAAAGAGAUCGGUAAGAUUCUUGAAAGAAAUACUCGAAAGGAUAUUUCGAAUCGAGUAACGUAACGGAUCGACACCAGUAAAAUGCUAUAAAUUAUUUGAAAUCAAGCGACUUUCGAGCAACGAAGAUACGCGCGGAAAUGUAAAAGGAUAUUUCAAGAGAUUUCGAGUUGCGAGUCAAAUUUAUAUCGCUUGAAUUCAGGUAAUUCGUCUAAUUUGAACGAAGCUCUAUUGUCAAAGAGGCGUUCCUCUUUCCGAGUGAUGUUGGCGAAAGAGUCGCGAGACGAACACUUUAGCCACAGGUAUACGCAUAUACAGGCUUCUUGUAAAUUAUAUUCCAGGACACGCGAGACCACAAUGGUUGGCCGCGCGACCUACUCGACAUGUGAUAGUUGAUCGCAAGAUAUACGCGCAGCACAUCUUUCACCUUUACUCGCGAGAUCCAUCUACCGUCGUCGGAGAUACGUGUAACUUCGUGUUCUUCUUUUUUUUGUAGCAAUAAUAAAAGACGAUGACAUUGGAA